CGAUAGAGGAAAGGGAAGCGGCAUCUCGGAGCGCGGUUACCUCACGAGCGACCGGCUUCCUCGAUGCGUUUUUGCGCGCGGAACUUUUAUUCCGUCUUAUCGGCGCGGCGCGGAAAGUGUGUGGAAAUUAAACUGAAACGUGUCACAGACUCCCUUGGCGGAUCGCGUUGAGACGUUGAUCGCUCGCGUAGAUAGGCGAUUGGCAAAUGCGUUUCUCGGAAUCGACGACGUAGGUACACCCGGUCGGAGGGGACACGACGCCAAAUAUCGAAUGCUAAUCACAAUAUAUUGGUAAUGUCGAAUUCAGAGGAAAUGGACAGCUGCGUGUCAGCCACACAAGAGACUUAUGAAAAUGCCAAGGAGGAGGAUGCCAAAAAGAAAAGUUUCAAUGAAAAUCAAAAUGUAAGCUGGGGCGAAAGUCAAGAUUUUUGUCUUGUUAUCGAAGGAGAUGAGAGCAUGACAGAGAGAGAAAAACUCUCCGUAGAAAAUGAAGACGCUAAUCGCAAAGAUUCUGCUGAACAGUCGAAUCUGCAGCAAAUUCCAGAUAUGUCAGAGACAGAUGAUAAAGUAGUGAUUACAAAUGAUGAAGUCAAAAAUAUUGGAGAUGAAAAGAUAAUGGAAAAAAACGAGAGUGUGGGGAAUGUAUUCAGCGAUGUAAACGAGAGGAAAAAUGAACUUUCUGACGAAGAUGAAAUCAUCCAAGCUACACCUCCACAGAAUUAUUCGCCAUCUAGGAAAGGAGCUGGCAAUAUCGACAUUACGAGUCUAAAACGUAAAGUUGAGUCUAUUGAUGAACCACCUGCUAAAGUUGCUAGAACGAUUUCUAUGGAAGAUAUAGCGGACUCUAAGAAACGACUGGAGAAUGAGGAAGAGGAGAGUUGUCAGUCUGGCGAAUCUGAUGACUCGUAUCAGGAUUUGUUUAAAAAUAUUGAUAAGCAUGUCGUAAUAGAGGAGACUCAGGACCCAACCAUCCAAGAGUUUACUCAAAACUCUUUGACGAGUCCCCUCAAAAGUACAACGAUCGAUGAUGAUAAAAUGCAAAAUCCUCGUCUCUCCGAACAAGUAAAUCAACAAGAGGAAGUCUUUUCUGAGAAAUGUUGCAGUAUGGAGAAGGAUGAAAAUCUGAAUGUUUCCGCAAAACUGACCGAUGUCAGCGCCAAUGACAGCACUACCGUCAACAUAAAUUCUAUAAACGAAAGUGAUUCGCAAGUAGAAGACAGCGAUUUGCCGAUCGAAGCGAACAGGAAUGUUGAUUCGACGGUCGCGGUCGAGAAAUCGGCGACUGAAACGUUAGAUGAGACGAAUAGAUCUGUAAAGGAUACCGAAACAAUUUUCGAUGAAAACAAUAAAGUUGAGCACACGAACUUCAUCGAGAAAACCGCCGAUGAUAAAAAAAUCUUGUCUUCUCAGAUCAAACUGCGAACCAGCGUGGAACUGAUAUACGAAAGCGCGAGUCAAAUUGCCGACAAAAAAAAGCCGGAAGUGGUGGAGAUCGACGAAGACGAAGGUGAUAAGAUUGUGGACUCGUCGGCUGAGGUAAUAUACGAUCCGGUAAAUACUAAACCGGAGCCAGAAGUUGUCGAAAUCGUCGACGAUUCACACGAGGAUGUUGAGAAAGCUCGUUCGGGGCUUGUUCCGGAUUCGGGAGAGAGUUCCGAGGUACAGACUGUAGAAAAGAGCAGCAUCGAUUGCAGCUACAAGUCCACAGAGAGUAUGAAAGAAUCAUCGUUGGAUUCUAGACCACCGACAACGGACAAUAGAAUGGUGAACGGUAGCCUUGAAUCCAAGAAGGUCGAUAACGACGUGACCCUGAGCAUAGAAUCAGACACAUUCUCCGGCUAUGAUGCGUCAAUCUUCACAAAAGCCGACAUUAAUGUAGAUAAUGCGAAGAAACUGGAUAGCGUCAAUUCCUUCGUGUUCAGAGACCCGGACCCGGAGAACAUUGAGCUAAUCAGUCUAAGCGAUACUGAUACGUCCAAUGUGGAAGAGAAGAGCAAGUCCGAUUUGAUCAACAACAGUGUGCCGACCAAGACAGUGCAGGUGGAGCGAGAAAUCAGUAUGUAUGUCAAACUCAAGUGCAUGCUUCACAUGGAUGAAAGCACAAAAGAGUACGUGAACAAGGAGCUGACGGCGGUCCAUUGUGAGCCCGUGGUAAUCGAGCCCACGAUAAGUAGACAAAAGAAUGAAGACAGUCAAUCCUCAUUAGCGGACAUCUCUGAUAAUAAGGAUUCACCACCCGGUUCUGUCAAUAGCAAUCCCCACUUGUAUCAACUAAAUCCUUCCCGAUUGUCCAUCAUGUCGUCCAUCAGCUCAUCGAGUUCGGCAUCUAGCGCCGCUGCUCUAGCCGCGAAACUCGCCCUGAGAGCACUGGGGCCGACGAGGUAUGCGAAGAAGCUGUCUUCCCAGGAAUCACUACUGACAGACAAACUGGUAUUGGACGAGAUCUAUAAUCGUGUGACACGCGAGUGGAAAAAUCACCAUUUGAUGACCGCGACGAUCUUGAAUUGCGCAAACACGGAGCUCAGUACCACGAAUGUCAGCAAUAUUGAGCUGACAGAUCAUCGUAAUUCUCAUCAUUUGAGAGAUAACUUUGUGCGUUCGUCGACUCCAUCGGAAGAUGCCGUGGGCGGUGCAAAAGUCGAAUUAACCGCCACGCCGAAGAGCACGAAGAAGGGAAAGGCUGUGAAGAGACCGAGGAGCAAAGUGACGAAAUCGAACGUUAUGCAGACAAAUGGCAACGAGAACAUGACGAAUAUAAAUACCGAGCCGGCUUUACACGCUUCCUCCGUCGCAGAGAUUGACACCCCGUCCGGCAGAAAAAAGAGUAGAUUAGAAAGUACAGAGAAUAAAUUAGGCGUGGACAUCUUGGCAAAUUCGUCGCUGCGAAACGAUCCGGCCGACGAACUGAUCGGUAAAAGCGUAUUCGCCAAAUGGUCGGACAACAAUUACUAUCCCGGUAUGGUAGACGAUCGACUAAAAACUAAAUAUAAGGUGAACUUUUACGAUGGCAAAAGCAAGACACUCAUACCGGAGUUCGUGAUACCGAUACCAAAGAUUCUGAGGGAGGGUCUGUCCGUGUAUGCGACUACGAAAACCAAUGAUUACGGCUCCUGCGGCAUCAUUGUCGAUUCCCAUGCAUCGUCGACGGUAAGCAAUAGCGAGGAUUGCAGCGACACGUACUACACGGUGGAGACCGACGAAGGUGAACGAUUGCGCGUACAAGUGCGGGACAUUUUCCUGUCGGCCGAUCAAGCACAGGUUCUCAAGGAGGAGGUAGACUCCGCUAGUAAGAGUUCUAUGCCGAGCACGCCAAAAAUGCUUGGUCAAGUGACGCUCGAUAACAUGGUGGAUGGUAAACGGCGCUCGAAACGGAUCGGCACGCCGGUCUUCUCAACCCCCAAGUCCAGGAGCAAUGGGACGAGUAGUUCCACUAGCAAGAUCAAAUCCUCGGAACCCUCUGUAUCUGGCGUGUCCGUCAAAUUAAAAGAAACGUUAUCGGAGAACGAAGGCCUGUCGAGCGACUCGAAUGUCGAAUCGACUCAGGUGCAGGAUGAGUACGUUUUGCGAGGUUUACAGAAGGAGAUUAUCGGUACGCCACACGAGCAGAAUGUGAAGGGUCCGCAGAACAGAAUCAAAGGCAAACCGCGCAACAAAAAGAAAACAGAAGAUCCACAGACUAUCGCCAUGCUUGGUCCGAUCCCACCGACGAACUCCAACAUUUUCAAGGGCAUGUCGUUCAUUCUCACUUGCGUGGACUUGAAAACGUUGGACAGGUAUAAAGAUAUAGCAUCCGCUGCAUCAAGUAUAGAAACAGAAGCUACUGACACAGAUGUCGAGACUGAAAACGAGGAGGAUUGGGUGGACCGGCCGUUUGUGCGUGAAAGGUUGCACUCGCAAAUCCUGGCGGGUGGCGGUAAGAUUUACGAGGAUUUCGAUCAGAUACCAAAGGACGAUUACAAAAAUACGAAACUCAUCACAAACGUGCCAAACACAACGGCAAAAAGCAUACUGUGUCUUUCAGUCGGCAUUACCGCGUGCAAUCACAAGUGGAUCAUUAGAUGCUGUUCAGAAGGAAAGAUUGUAAACGCGGCAGAAGACGCGCUUCCUACCGGUUGGAGUUUGCAGAAGAGAACCUAUGUAGAAACGUUCCAAGCGGAUAAAAGUAAGCCGUUGCUGGAAAACAUCGUGAUAAUUCCCAAUUUGGUAUCCGAUAGACAGUUUAUCACAUUCUGGCGGCAAGUUUGCGAGAAUGCGGGGGCGGUGGUCUUAAUCGCCGAUAACUUGGGAGCCAUGGAAGCCCUAGAUUUCGACAGUAAUGUAGUAGUUCUGUCUAAUUGGACAUGCCCAUCAUGGGCUGUGGAAAGAGCAAAUCAAUUGCGAAUUCCAAUACUGUCGACCACGUGGGUGAUUCAGUGCUUAAUCGAGGGUAAACUCUGUCCUCAUGAUCAGCACCCGCGUUAUAAAUACAAUUGCAUACCAAAUUAAUAGA